UGUUGACCGUCAUCCCGAUUCCUUCUUCUCCUUCUCCUACUCCCUCGAUCAACUUCCCCAUUUCCUUCCUGACCUUCCUUCGCUCCUCCUCGAAGCAAACCAUCCAACAGACUAGCUGAUAGAUAAACAAGACAGCCCACAGUCCAUCCAUCCACUAUUCUUCAUCGGGCGGAUAUCGAUCCAGCGAUCGACACUCGGUUCGGGUUGGGUUGGGUUCGAUUUGACCAAAUCUCAAAACAACAAAAGAGGACCACACCGUCCUUACUUCUAUAAUCUACUACCUCUGCCUUCCCUGCCUCUCCUGGGUACGAACAACAGAGAACAUUAGAAAAACAAAGGACUCAACAGGAGAUCGAAAAACUCAACUGGAAGAUUCCCAGUUCAACCUCGUCAUCCUUUCUCUCCAACUCUGAAACCAAAAAACAUAAAGAUAAAAAACUAGAAAACAUAAAAAGAAAAGCAAUCGACAUCACCGCAAGCCUCCCCUGAUCUUUCAAAACCCCACCACUCACCUUGACAUCAUCAUUGGUCUGCCGUGGAUAAUUUCAUCCAAUUCAUCGACAUCCAAUCUCCUCGCACGUUCAGCAAUCGAUCAUCCAACGAUCGAAUCAUCACAUCUUCCAGCCAGCUACUUCCUUCGUGUUGCGGACGUUUUUGCUCUAAACAGAACUCCAACUUCAUAUUCGCGUUCAAGGUUUUCUUUCGUACAUAAUUCGGUCUGAAUUUCCGUAGAUUGGCCUGGCAAGCUCGACCAAUUCUGGACAUCACUCUUCUACACGAUCAGCGUACUGAAUCUUGACUGGUUUGACUGAGUCGGCCCUCGUUUAAUUCCCUCUUUGAUCCCCCCCCCCCGCGAAGAAACAGUUAAACAAACACAAUGGAUCCCCUCGAAGGUCCCUCAAACAUAGUGCCUGACUCAUUGGCUUCACCUCCGCUGGAACUCGAGACUGUCUCGGUUGAUGAUCCGGAAGCCUUUGCAGCCAAGCAUUUGUCCGAUCUUGGAAUUCCUGUAGAAGAUUUCAAGAAACACAGUUGGAGGAUACCUAACUAUCGCAAACUACCAAAACGUGUGACAAGUGACACGUUUACUGCCGGUGGUCAUGAAUGGAACAUCCUCCUGUUUCCUCAAGGAAAUUCUAAUGGACAAGCCAACGACAUGGUUUCGAUUUAUCUGAAUUACGGAGAUCCUAAGAAGCAGCCUGAAGGCUGGCACGUUUGCGCUCAGUUUGCCCUCGCAAUUUCUAACCCACACGAUGGCACGUGUUACAUCCAGUCUCAGGCACAACAUCGAUUUACCAACGAUGAACAGGAUUGGGGGUUCACUCGGUUUGUCGAACUACGGAAGCUCUUCACUCCAGCCGAUUCUCGUGUCAAGCCUAUCAUAGAAAAUGAUGAGACGAUCAUCACGGCAUAUGUGCGAGUUCUGAAAGAUGAAACAGGCGUACUAUGGCACAACUUUGUCAAUUAUGACUCGAAAAAAGAAACGGGUUAUGUUGGGUUGAAAAAUCAAGGGGCCACAUGCUACAUGAACUCUCUCUUACAGUCUCUCUUCCUAACGAAUUACUUCCGCAAAGCUGUUUACCAAAUUCCAACUGAGCACGAUGGCCCAGAUUCAGUACCCCUGGCUCUUCAACGCGUCUUUUAUCAGUUGCAAACAUCGGAUCAAUCUGUUGGAACAACUGAAUUGACAAAAUCCUUUGGAUGGAAGUCGUUGGAUGCGUUUCUACAGCACGAUGUCCAAGAAUUUUCUCGAGUGCUACAGGAUAAAUUGGAAAGUAAAAUGAAAGGCACUCCCGCUGACGGUGCAAUCCAAUAUCUUUUUGCUGGAAAAUACAAAACAUACCUCAAGUGUAUCAACGUUGACUACGAGAGUAGUCGAGAAGAAACCUUUCUGGAUGUUCAACUUGAUAUCAAAGAUCUUCAAGGACGGCCGUUCAAAACGCUGCAAGAAUCUUUCGAAGCUUACGUAACGCCUGAGACGAUGGAUGGCGAUAACAAAUACCACGCUGGUGAUGACCAUGGCCUUCAAGAUGCCAGAAAAGGAACCAUCUUCAUGGAAUUUCCGCCGGUGCUACAUCUUCAUCUCAAACGUUUCGAGUAUGAUUUCCAAAGAGACAUGCAGGUCAAGAUCAACGACCGACAUGAAUUUCCAUUCGAGCUUGAUCUCGCACCUUACUUGGAUGAAUCAGCCGAUAAAACAGCCAACUGGAACUACCGCCUGCACGGUGUAUUGGUCCAUUCAGGGGAUGUCCACGGGGGACAUUACUUCGUCUUGAUCAAACCACACCCUGAGUCAAAAUGGUAUAAAUUUGACGACGACCGGGUCACCCCUGUCACAGACCGCGAAGUUUCGGAGGACAACUUCGGAGGCGAGCUGAUUGUCAAUGGCGCCGUGGUGAAUGGAGGGGGUAAGGGUUUGGGUGGUAAAGGUGGCAUGAAGCGCUUCACCAAUGCCUACAUGUUGGUGUACGUCAGAGAAUCUGCGGCUGCAGACAUCCUUGCGCCCAUUACACAGGUCGACACUCCUACCCACCUUAAAUCCCGACUUGAAAGGGAACAGAGAGAGCAUGAUAAGAAAAAAAGGGAGAAGGAAGAGAUGCACCUUUAUCUUACCACAAAGAUCAUUACAGACGAAACUUUCCGAUUGCAUCAAGGUUUUGAUCUAGCGCUGUUUGAUGAUAGGACGAUGCCACCCUCGGACCUCCCGACCUUUAGGGUAGCCAAACAGCAACCUUUCCUCGACUUCAAGUCUAAACUUGCUCAAGACCUGGGUUACCAACCUAACCAAAUACGUCUUUGGGUAUUGGUCAACCGCCAAAACAAGACAGUUCGGCCAGACACUGUCGUGCCAGAGCAUGAUCCCACACUAACAAUGGAGGUCGUUCGUGACAAGAUGGCCUCAAAAGCUCAAGAUCUCAAGCUGUAUCUUGAAGUCCUCGACCCCGCACACGAGGCACAGCCUGCGGAAUCCAAGGAAGGACAACUGAUGAUCUUUGUCAAGUACUUCGAUGUUUCAGAUCAGUCAUUAGCUGGGAUCGGUCACUUUUAUGUUCAUCGUAGUCAAAAAGUUGGAGAAGUCAUCCCGCUCAUAAAUGCCCGCAUGAACUUUCCCGAAAAUACGCCUCUAAAGCUUUAUGAGGAAAUUAAGCCUGGGAUGAUUGACCCGAUGAAGCCCAAAGCGAGUUUCCUGCAGAGUGAAAUACAGGAUGGAGACAUCAUCUGUUUUCAAAUUGAACUUUCCGACAAAGAACUUGCCGAGCUGGAGAAGCAACGGCUUUAUCUUGAUCCGGUGGCGUUUUACGACUUUUUCACUAAUCGGGUUCUGGUUCAGUUCAAACCUCGUUAUGAUGACAUGGCUACGACGGUCGAGUUUGAUCUCCUUUUGAGCAAGAAGUUUACAUAUGAUCAGAUGGCCAGUCGAGUCGGAGAAAGAUUACAGCAUGAUCCUAUGAAGCUUCGAUUCACUAACAGUCACCAAGGCAACCCCAAGACCGUCAUUCGUCGUGCAACCGCACAGGGUUCUGUAGCCGACAUGAUCCAGUCUUCGUACAACAAUGCCCCGAGCAAUGUUUUAUUUUACGAAUUGUUGGACAUGAGUAUUGUCGAGAUCGAAACCAAGCGGAACGUGAAAGUAACGUGGACUGGCGCUCACAAUCGGGAAGAGGGACAGCAUUCCUUCUUGAUGCCCAAGACUUCUUCCAUGCACGACGUAGCGGACAAGCUUUCAACACUGGUCAAGUUCUCAGAAAACUCGACCCGAAAAAUCAAAUUGUUCACUAUUCAUGAGGGCCGGAUUCAAAAGCAGUUCGCAGGGGGGGAGAUCUUGAGAGAUGUGACCGAUGUGGAGGACAUCUAUGCGGAAGAAGUCCAUCAAGACGAACAGACGCAUUGUGAUGAGAAGGAUGGUAAAAUCAUUGAUGUCUAUCAUUUCCAAAAAGAACUGACAAGGAACCAUGGGAUCCCUUUCAAGUUUUUAAUUAAACCAGGGGAAGUGUUCACGGAGACCAAGGAACGACUAAGACUUCGGUUAGGUCUAUCUGAAAAAGAAAUCAGCAAGAUGAAGUUCUCGAUUGCUCAGUUCAACACUUACACCAAACCGUCUUACAUCCUUGACACUGAUGUGAUCUUUGAUCACAAAUGGAUGAAAGGGGAUUUAUUAGGGAUUGAUCAUUUGGAUAAGUCUAGGAAAACUACUGGUAUAGAGAAGGCUGUUUACAUCAAAUAAACUGUUUUUAUAAGUUGUUUUGUUUUUCUUUUUUUUUUUGGUCUCCUUUAUGAUCUUCUUUUCUCUCUUGCCAUUUAUUUGUUCCUCCUUUUUAGUUUCUCUGGUUUUCUCUUGUCCAUCAUCCUCAUCAAUCUCAUCCUCAUCAAUUCUAUACUGUUUUAGUUUGCCCUAAUUCCUUCCACCCAAACACCAAACAAAAAACUAACAUUCAAUAAGAAGAGAGAUAAAUAGAAAAGUUCAACAUAUAUAUAUUUCUCACCCUACAUAUCUAGUUGG